CUUGAUACCACCACGGACCGACUGCACAGCCACUCAGCCAGUCUCUCUUACGACACUCCAACUCCAAUUGAGUAGUCACUCGCGGUAUUUCCUUGUGACAGUAGACAUACAUUGGUACUCUUGUGAUGUGUAGUGUCAAGCACGUGUCAAAUUCGUAUUUGUGAAUCACUUGGACAGGCAAAGCAGCAGGACAUUGACGACGCGGCUCGUUCGCGUCUUCAGCGUUAACCACGGCGUCUCCAAUAGCAAUGACGCAACACAGCGACGCGUCUAGUGAUCGUUCUGAAGUAUCUGUGACUCCUCCGCCGCCAGUGUCGAAAAUGUUAGAGUUCGCUAGUCAGCAAAACUUGAGUUUCCUCAAUAUCGAGCACCGUAACAUGUUGGCCGCGCCGCUGGCCGCUCUGCAUUCGAUGACCGAAAUGAAACAGCAUCAACCUCACCUCAGUCCAGACCGCUUAUCCCGUUGCCAGGACAAAAACGAUGCCGACGUUUUGCUGGAGCGUACAAGUUUACAUGUAGAACGCUCCGGCUUGACGUCUCGCAGUCCGCUCGGUGCAACUAGUAAUAGUAACAGUUCUCAAGGGGCCAAUCCCCACGGUAUCGACCAUAUAUUGUCCAGACCCACGCAAAUCACCACCGGACCUUUGCAUUUCCCUCACAACCUCGCUUUCACGCAAAACUCCCUCGGUAUGGCGUCGAAUAGCGCGCAAACGGCCACCAAUUCGGGUUUGCGUAGAUUUAAUUUCGCCGCAGCGGCCUUUUUCCACCAUCAUGCAGCCAACUCCAUCAACAAGCCUUCGGUGGACCUCGGCGCAGGAGGAAUCUACUGGCCGCCGCUUCCGGGCCUCAACCACUUCGCCCGAGGAGGAGACCGAGUCGGAACAAAAAGCGAUCUCUAUUAUAGAUACGUGAAUCAAAGCAACAUGGGCGGUCUGGGUAGCGACAAAGACGCAAAGAAAAAGCACACGAGACCCACCUUUUCCGGACAACAAAUAUUCGCGCUGGAAAAAACAUUCGAACAAACCAAAUACUUGGCAGGUCCGGAACGGGCGAAGCUGGCCUAUGCUCUGGGGAUGACCGAGUCGCAAGUUAAGGUGUGGUUCCAGAAUCGCCGAACAAAAUGGAGAAAAAAGCACGCGGCCGAAAUGGCGACAGCAAAGCGGAAACAGGAAGUGCUGGACAAUCAAACUGAUGAAAACAGCGACAUAAUAUCCGACAAUGAGGACGAGCAUGUCGCAAAACGGCAGAAUCUCCAAUGAGAUGUUUCGCGUUUUUGUAAUAUAUAAAAUAAUUCGGGACAGAGGAUUUGUAAAUACGUAUAAAUUUUAGUGAUCUCAGUGUUUGGUGAACUUUUCGCGCGUGGACGUCGUGAGCACAUCUGUAUAAAUAUUAUAAAUAUUUUAUUGUAUAUGUAUACGUAUAUAGUACACCAAGAUGUAUACAGUUUUCUUAAAGCUUAAACGUACUAAAUAAGAAACUUAAAAAUAUAGAUUACGUACUGGAAUAACUAUAUUGCUAUUGUGCUUUUAAAUAUGGUUAGAUAUAGCUGUAUAGAUAUAUUUUUAAAACAGGAAAACUGUACACAUUUUCAAUUUUUCGGAUAGUACAAGUGCUUGUUUAAGUUUUUCUUGAUAAUAUUCUCCAUUACCGCGUUAAAAUUAUUUUUGUUUGGUAUAUAAACAAUAGACAGGGUGAUAAAGGGUUAAUUUAAUGGACAAUAUUAUCCAAGUAUUUAUUUUUUAUUUAUUACUAUUAAGUUGUAUAAGUGCUGCUCAA